AUGUUGGUUUCUAAUUUAUUUAUGACGGUGGCAUGGGGGACGGUUGUUUCAGCAAGAGUGGUUGAGAAGAGUGAUCGCUCAUUUCAGCGACCUAUCAAUGGCCCCUCUUCGCCUCGUCCGACACACUCACAUCAAUCCUGCAUCUUUACGCCAUCUCUCCCAAUGCCACCUGUCUCCUUCACAUCCACCCUUCCCUCCUCUCUGCACCACCAUCUCCCCAAUGUCCUCCUCUCCCAUUCAUUCUUCAACUCCAACCUCCCACCUUCCUCAAGCUCUACCACUCCUAUCAUAUCGACCCUCUCCCUCUCCGAAGAAACCGGCGAUGCCUCUCUUCAAGGCAUCUUCGUCGGUCUUGUCUACACCUCCAUCGGCAAAUCUGUUUCCGAACCCCCUUCAAGCUCUCUCCCCAAACCCCAAGAAUCCCAGCCAAAACCUUAUCGUGCUCCUCCACCUCCACCUCCCACUUCCGCAGUUGAUGAUGAACAAGAUGAUUUUGAUAAAACGUGGGGUCAUGUCAAUAAUCAUGAAGUUCGAUCUCCCAUUCUUUCAGUACCGCAAUCGAGUCCAAGUAUGGAGAUGAGGAGGUGUUUUACGGAGGCGGUGGAGGGUGUUAGGGAGAGUGGGUUGGUGGAGGGGACGUUAGAGUUUCUUAAGGAGGGAGGGAGGAUGAGAUUUUUGGUUUGGAGGGUGGAUUGA